GCCGUAGAUAUAUACAUUUGAGCGGUAGCAGCUGAACCACGAGCGAGUCCAGAGUCGAGACCCAUGGUCAUGACCAUGACCACCAUGACCAUGAGAAGGUGAGAAAGCUAGAGAGAAAGAGUAGUACUAGUACUAGAGCUAGCUAUAUACCCUUCUUCGUCUCCUUCUUCUUCGUUUAGUUUUUUUCGAAAUGGCUUGCUGUUCUCUGCAACUACCUACUUCUGCUUUUGAAUAUUCUACAAGGACGUUGAGUAAGAGACCUCGCCCAUUUCAAAUCGUCUGUUCUUCUUUUCAAAAUGGAGGAGAAAACGAAAACCCUCCUCCUGAUCACGCCAGAUGUGAAGGGGAGAAAGUGAUUUUGGUAGAAAGAUAUGGCAAUGGUACUGCUAAGAGGUUUGUUGUAGAUGAUGACUUACAAUUUAGAACAUUUCUUGAGGAACAUAAACCCAUUUCUAACAAGUCUCUGGACACACAAUUCUCCAACUCAGUUUUAUUUUGGGUUCCAGAAGUGGUUAAAGAUUUUAUCUUGCCGGCAGGCUUCCCAGGGUCAGUCUCAGAUGAUUAUUUGCAGUACAUGUUGUUACAGUUUCCUACCAAUGUUACUGGAUGGAUUUGUCAUGCAUUAGUCACCUCAAGCCUCCUAAAGGCUGUAGGAAUUGGCUCAUUCUCAGGAAGUACUGCUGCAGCUUCUGCAGCUGCCAUCAGAUGGGUAUCGAAGGAUGGCAUUGGAGCUGUGGGGCGCUUAUUAAUAGGUGGACGGUUUGGAAAUAUUUUUGAUGAUGAUCCAAAACAAUGGCGUUUAUAUGCGGACUUUAUUGGCAGUGCAGGAAGCAUUUUUGAUCUUAUGACACCAUUGUAUCCUGCCUAUUUUUUGCCACUGGCAUCUCUUGGGAAUCUAACUAAGGCUGUUGCAAGAGGACUUCGAGACCCUUCAUUCCGUGUAAUACAAAAUCAUUUUGCAAUCUCAGGAAAUCUGGGAGAGGUAGCAGCAAAGGAGGAAGUUUGGGAAGUUGCUGCUCAGCUGCUUGGUCUUGGUUUGGGCAUACUAUUCCUGGAUACACCUGGCCUUGUAAAAGCAUACCCUGUUUUGGCACUUACAUGGUUAGGCGUGAGGCUUCUUCACCUUUGGCUCCGUUACCUAUCACUUUCAGUUCUACAAUUUGACUCUAUUAAUCUCAAGCGAGCUCGUAUACUAGUAAACUCACAUGUAUUACACUCUAUUGUUCCAGGAUAUGUUGAUUGCAAUAAGGAAGAAAACAUAUUAUUGUGGCAAAGAUUCAUGAAGCCACGAAUUGUUUUUGGUGUACCUUUGGAGGAGUUUAUGGGUGGUGAGAGAUCUCUUACUAUGUUGAAGUCACUUCUGAAACUAUAUGAAAAAGAGAAAUACAUUCUUGUGGUGAACAAACAAGCAAGAGACUUUGAGGUCUUUGUUUCAUUCAAGGUUGGAGCUACCAAUGUCUCAGUCUUACGAAGCGUCUGGCAGGCUUAUUGGCUGCAUGAGAAUUGGAACAGCCUAGAGAACACCUUGCACCAGCUUGAUCGAAGCCUAUCAAAGUUGGAAAACAGCUUCGGCGACUUCAUCCAACAACUGAAUCAGAGUGGAUGGGAUACAAACGAAAUGAAUCUUAAGGUCCCCAAGGAAAUCGUUAUCGAUGAAUUUGGUCCUGUUUGAUUGCUCAUGAAAUGGUGGUUGGUGUAGUGUAAUGAGCAAGUGAGCAUCAGAAUAUGAUGCUUCCAAGAGUUCCCACGUGAGAAUUUUACAAGAACAAGGAAGCAGCUUGGUUUGGUUUGAUACUGAUGUUAUAGGCCAUAGAGGUACAAUGGCAUUGGUUUAUAGAAAGGGUAGGUCGGUGGGUUGUUGUAGUGGUUGAGUUUUAAUUGGUUUUUGACAAUGCAUUGUUUUGGGUCUUCAUGGCUUGUCAAUUUCUACCCUUUGAGAGAUUUUUUCUGUCGUCUUUUUCUAUUACAUUUAAGGCUUAUGGCAUAAAGAUCUAUGAGUACUUGAGUAAAGAAUAACCAUACAUACAAAUAAAUAAAUAAUAGUAGUUAUAAAUGUUUAAA